AUGGGCAACAAGGCCAGCACCACGACCAUAAUCACAACAGCAGUCCACAAAUGUCUCCUCUCUGCCGUAAACGGCAACUCAGCACAAGUCUCAGUCCAAAACGACCUCCUCUACGGAGUGACCGCCGUCCAUGAAUACAAUCUCAAUUUCCCCAUGACCCCUGCGGCGGUUACGUUCCCGGAGACGAGCGAGCAGGUUGCUGCGUUAGUCAAGUGCGCGGCUGAGUAUAAGUAUAAAGUGCAGGCGAGGAGUGGAGGGCAUAGUUUUGGGAACCAUGGACUCGGUGGUGCAGACGGCGCAAUCGUUGUCGAUAUGAAGCAUUUCCAGCAAUUCUCAAUGGACAAUGAGACUCAUGUCGCGACUAUCGGACCUGGCCUCUCACUAGGAGACAUCGACACACUAUUAUACAAUGCAGGAGGACGAGCCAUGUCCCACGGCAUAUGUCCCGAAAUCCGUGCUGGCGGGCAUCUCACCAUCGGCGGAUUAGGACUUACAUCGCGACAAUGGGGGAUGUCACUGGACCAUAUCGAAGAAGUGGAAGUGGUCCUCCCGAAUUCAAGCAUCGUGAGGGCAUCUGAGACUGAGAAUGCGGAUCUGCUUUUUGCCGUGAAAGGUGCAGCAGCCAGCUUUGGGGUCGUGACUGAGUUCAAAGUGCGUACUCAACUUGCGCCAAAGGAAGCUAUUCAAUAUUCGUAUUCGUUUAAACUAGGAAGUGCAGCUCAGAGGGCGAGGUUGUUUGCGGAUUGGCAGGAUUUAGCAUUGAGGAGGGAUCUCAGCCGGAAGUUCACGUCAGAUUUUAUAUGUUUGCAAGAUAGCGUGAUAGUCAAGGGUGUUUUCUUCGGCUCCAAGAAGGAAUACAACGCACUCCGAAUUGAGCACCACUUACCUGGAUCAGACUCAAGCAAAGUACUUGUCCUGGAUGACUGGCUAGGAAUAGUGACCCAUGUGGUCGACGAUCUUGCCGUCCGGCUUGGAGGCUCCAUGUCAACAUACUUCUACGCAAAAUCCUUAGGUUUCACACGAGAUACACUCAUGCCCCCAUCAACAAUAACUAGCCUUUUCACCUACCUCGACAAAGCAAAAAAAGGAACCAUAACCUGGUUCGUGACAUUCAGCCUCGUCGGCGGCGCCAUCAACGACUACCCCAAGAACGCCACCGCAUACCCACACCGAGACGUGAUAUACUGGAUGCAGUCGUUUGCGAUUAAUGCUCUUGGACCCGUGUUGAAUAGCACGUAUGAUUUUCUAGAUGGAAUCAAUGAGCUUGUCGCGCGGGAUUUACCGGGGUGUGCUGGACAUGCGUAUUUGGGGUGUCCGGACCCAAGGAUGGAAGGUGCUGAGAGGGCUUAUUGGGGGUCUAAUCUUGGGAGAUUGGAGGAUAUGAAGGGGGUUUUUGAUCCGGUGGAUGUUUUUUGGAAUCCACAGGGUGUGGGUGUACCUGUUGCGUAGGGUUUGUAUGGACCGGAUGGGGCCAUGUAUAUAUAAUUAACAGCUGGACAAGAGUAUCAGAGCACUUUAAGGCCACAUUGAACGAUCUUGGGACGUACUAGACACAGUGACUGUAGGAACAGAUUCAUACUGCAAUAUAAAAAGCAACAUGAACCCCCCCGACUUUACCUUUCACCCAACACACCCCGACAACCUUCCCACGCAGACCUCCCAUACAUAACUUCAACCAAGCUCCACAAAAUGCAAAUCAGUAUGUUAGCUGAGGGUGAGUAACCCCGAACCGCCUCAAAGUUACCGAAUUAGUCACUAAAUCGUUCCACAGUGAAGACACACCACUAUUUCUCAACAAUUAAGCAUGUUAGCUCAGGGGAAGAGCGCCGGGCUCAUAACCCGGAGGUCCUCGGAUCGAAACCGAGACAUGCUAAUGACCUUCUAUCCUUUUUUGCGCUUUUUUUUUUUCUUUUUGAGUUUUUUUU